AUGCCCGGCGCCAAUGCUUUCGUUACCGAGGCUUUCACUCUCUUGGGCGUUGCAUUGGGCAUGAUUAUACUACGGACUAUUGCGCGAGCAACCUCUGUCGGCAUACGAAAUUUUCAGUUGGAUGACUACAUGAUGCUGCUGGCAGCUGUCGUCUAUUCCCUCGAAACUGCCGCUGCAUAUAUUGUGGGGGCUUGGUGGCGUGGGCUCGCCAACAAUGGCAUGACACCCGAAGAACGAGCCAGUCUGGAUCCUUCAUCGCAGGAGUAUGCCCUUCGAGUUGGCGGUUCGAAGACGCAAGUAAUCGGCUGGUCACUUUACACAUUUUUGCUUUGGAACCUCAAACUUUGUAUGUGCGUCUUCUAUAGCCGUCUAACGGAUGGGCUGGCCCAUAUGAAGAUCCGGAUACGUAUCGGGUACGGUCUUAUCGGAGCCACAUACAUUGCCACCCUACUUUCCAUCCUUCUGGGAUGCCGUCCUCUGCACAAGAAUUGGCAGAUCAAUCCCGACCCUGGCAACAGCUGCCAGCCAGCCAUAUCCAAAAUUGACUGCUUGGUAACAGUAGUGCUUAACGUCGUGACAGAUAUGUAUCUGAUCUCUAUACCACUUCCGCUGCUGUGGAAGGCUCAACUAUCGAAGAGGAGAAAGAGUCUCUUUCUGAUUGUGUUCGGUGGAGGUUUCUUCGUCAUGGCCUGUGGCAUUCUUCGUUGUGCCCUUAUCUUACUUGAUCCUGUCAACGGUGCCCAGCAAGCCGGCUCUUGGGCUGUACGAGAAACCUUCGUGGCCGUGGUGAUCGACAACAUUCCCAUGAUCUAUCCACUUUGCCGACGUCUUAUCAAAAACAUCGAUGAGAGCCUGGCCAGUCACUACGCGGGCAGGCAUAAACUUUCAAAUGGAUAUUCCAGCUCCGGUAGCUACGCUAUGAAUAGCCGGAAGGACAAGAAGCCCAAAUUCGUGCAUCCGCUUUCGAUGAGGAAUGCCACCCUGAGUGAUAGCGCCGAAAGCAUUGUCAGGGCAGAUCGGGUCAAGAACGGUCAGGACAUCUUGAUCGUGAAGGAAUCAACAGUCGAUGUCAGUCCUACAGAGCAUUCAAACGAGGAAAUACGGGAACAUCCCCACGCGCAGCACCCUGGUGUCGGAUAUGCGGCGACGUGUAACCAUGCAGGCGGCCGAGGCGAUGUACUACGGAUCAGUCGGCGCGGAAGCGCCCAGUGGGAGUCGCCUGCUAGUGGAUCGUGA